UUCCCCGUCUUCGCUGGAGCUCCGUUCUUGAGUCUACAUCGUGCGUUCUACCUUUGGCUGUUUUUUUUUUCUGGAUUUGUACUUUGGGUCUCUUUCCCCUCCUGGUGGAUUUAACCUGUCCGUUUAGUCCCCCACACAUAGCCUAGAACUUUUAACAGACGGUGCCCUGUUAUCGAUGGCGGACAGUGUGCGCCCCGAGGACUACUGCGACGAGCCGGUGGAGGACGAGUUUGGAGAGAUAAUCAAGUCUCGAUCUGAUGAAAGAGAAGACGUUCAAAAGAAGACUUUUACAAAAUGGGUAAACUCACAGUUGGCUAAGACAAUAAAACCACCCGUGGAGGAUCUGUUCUCAGAUCUGUGUGAUGGAAGACGCUUGCUGGAGCUGCUGGAGGGGCUGGCAGGACAUGAGCUGGUGAGGUUGGAGAGGGGAUUCACACGCGUUCACUCACUCAACAAUGUCAACCGUGCUCUGCAGAUCUUGCAGAAGAACAAUGUUGAAUUGGUGAAUAUCGGAGCGGCGGACAUCGUUGAUGGGAAUCACAAACUGAUUCUCGGGCUCAUCUGGAGCAUCAUUCUUCACUGGCAGGUAAAGGAUGUGAUGAAGGAUGUGAUGGCAGACCUACAGCAGACCAACAGUGAGAAGAUUCUGUUGAGUUGGGUUCGUCAGAACACGCGCCAGUAUCCUCAGGUCAAUGUGGUUAACUUCUCCAGUAGCUGGAAUGAUGGAUUGGCCUUCAAUGCCCUCAUCCACAGCCACAGACCUGAGCUGUUUGAUUGGAGCGUAGUAGAGAAGAAACCAUCUGCAAUCGACAGACUGGAACACGCCUUUAGUAAGGCAGAACAACACCUUGGGAUAGAGAGACUGCUGGACCCUGAGGAUGUGGCGGUGCCUCACCCUGACAAAAAGAGUGUCAUCAUGUACGUGACAUCACUCUUCCAGGUUCUUCCCCAAAGCAUUUCCAUGGAAGCCAUCCAGGAGGUGGAGAUGCUGCCGCGGGCAGCUGUAGCCAACGUUGCCCGGGUGACGACAGAGGAGCACUACCAGAUCCAGACCCAGCAGCGCUUUUCCCAGCAGAUCACAGUGAGUGUGGCUCAAGGCCGAGUGCGGAGUCCCUCCCCUCAGCCUCGCUAUAAAAGCUAUGCCUACACCCAGGCUGCAUAUGUCAAGUCGCCUGAGCAAAAGAGGAGGCGUUUUACUGAUCAGUUCCUAAGUCCUGGCCAGGAGGAGCUACAGCGGGGCCUCAGUCCUUUGCCUCCAGGCUCCACCAGUCUGGAGAGCUACCAGGCUGCACUGGAGGAGGUGUUGACAUGGCUGCUGUCGGCUGAAGAUGGGCUCCAGGGUCAGCCUCCAAUCUCCAACAAUGUGGAAGAGGUGAAGGAGCAGUUCCACACACAUGAGGGGUACAUGGUGGAGCUGACCACCCACCAAGGCAGCGUGGGUAGGGUACUCCGUGCCGGCGCUGCCCUGCUCGGGGAGGGGAACCUAAGUGAAGAGGAGGACUCUGAAGUCAGGGAGCAGAUGAACCUCCUUAACUCCCGGUGGGAGCACCUGAGAGUGGCUAGCAUGGAGCGACAGAGCAGACUCCACGAGGUCCUGAUGGACCUACAGCACCAGCAGUUGCAGCAGCUCACAAAGUGGUUGGAUGUAACGGAGGCCCGGAUUAGGAGGAUGGGGGCCCAACCACUGGGUCCUGACCUGGAGGACAUCAAGCACCAAGUUGAAGAGCACAAGCUCCUCCAGGAGGACCUGGAGCUGGAGCAGGUGAGGGUGAACUCUCUGACCCACAUGGUGGUAGUGGUGGACGAGACCAGCGGAGACAGCGCCACUGCUGUUUUGGAGAGGAAACUUCAGGUGCUAGGUGACCGCUGGGCUGCCAUUUGUAGAUGGACAGAAGAACGCUGGAUUCUACUUCAGGAGAUUUUAUUGAAAUGGCAGCAUUUCACUAAUGAACAGUGUUUAUUUGACUCGUGGCUGACUCAGAAGGAGGAGCUGGUUCGCUCCAUCAAGACCUCCAACCUGAAGGACCAGGCAGAGAUGGUGGCCUGCCUCCACCGUCUUGCUACGGUGAAGGCAGACCUGGAGGUGAAGCGUCCCACCAUGGACAAGUUAUGCUCCAUGAGUCAGGACCUGCUGUCCACUGUCAAGAACAAAGAGGUGGCCAGCAAACUGGAGGCCAGACUGGACAGCUUCGCCCAGCGCUGGGACCGACUGGUCCAGAGUCUGGAGAUGAGCAGCUCCCUGCUCUCAUCGGCAGUCAGCGUGGCCCAGCAGUCUGAGCUGACCCGCUCUGUCACAGCGACCGUUACCAAGGUGACAACGAGGGAGAAGGUAUCAGCUGUACGCCAGACCCGAGAGUCACCGCCACCACAGAAGAAGAGACAAGUUGUGGUGGAUUCUGAACUCAGAAAAAGGUUCGACGUGGACUUCACAGAGGUCCACAGCUACAUGACCCGGGGCGAGGCCAUCUUACAGAGCCCAGAGUUCUCCGUGUCACGCAAGGACGGCAGCAUUCAGGAGCUGCAUGACAAAGUCCAGGUGAUCGAGAGAGAGCGGCCAGAGAAAUACCGAAAGCUUCAGGAAGCAACACGCACAGCGCAGACCCUGGUCGAGCAGGAAGGGAGUCGUGCUGAUGACAUUGCCCAGGCAGCGGAGCAGCUGAACCAGCGCUGGGUGGGAUUCUGUGCCCUGUUGGCAGACAGGCUGGCAUGGCUGACUUACCAGACAAAGGUGCUGGCCUUCUACAGCUUAUAUGGGCAGUGUGAGCAGGCUGUGGACAGCAGUGAGAACUGGCUCAAAGUCCAGGCACCGCCAGCAUCUGAACCAGAAACACUCAAAGUCCAACUGGACCGAUGCCAGGAGGAAGUGGCUCGCCUGGCCUCCCUGCUGCCUCAGAUGGAUGUUUUGGAGAAGCAGCUGAAGGAGCUAAAGGAGGAGAAGGAAGGAGAGGAGGACCCUUCAUACUUCCUGGAUGCCGACAUCAAUGCCCUCAAAGAGCACUACCAGCAGGUCAUGGAGGAUCUGAGGGCGAGAGAGAGACAGUUACAACUGGUUUUGGAGAGCUUGCCCCCGGCUCGUUAUAAGGAAACCAUAUCGACACUGUUGGCAUGGUUACAACAGUGCGAGGCCAAGCUGGCCAUCCCAUCUACGGCUGUUACAGAGUAUCCUAUAAUGGAACAGAGACUGAAGGACAUUCAGGCCCUCCAGGUAGCUCUGGCUGAACACCAAGGGGAGGUAGACUACCUGACCUCAACUGUGGAGCAGGUCUUCCAGAAAGCUCCACCUGACAUCAGCCAAAAGUAUCGCAUAGAGAUGGAUGCCGUCAUGGCACGUUGGAGACGACUCGGCACCAUGCUGACAGACAACACCCAGAGAAUCCAGGAGCUCAUGGCCAAACUGAUGCAGUUUGAGAAUGAUGUAAAGACGUUGAAAAAGUGGAUGGCAGACGUGGAUGUGUUCCUGAACGAGGAAUGGCCAGCACUGGGAGACUCUGAAGCUCUGGAGAAACAGUUAGAGCAGUGCACGGCUCUGGUGAAUGACAUCCACACCAUCCAACCCAGCGUCAACGGCAUCAAUGAAGUGGGUCUGUACCUAAAGAAAGAGGCCGAGCCACCGUUUGCCAUACACAUCCAGAAAGAACUGGAUGAUCUUAACGGCCAGUGGGAGAACGUCUGCAAACAGGCCUAUGCUAAGAAGUCCGCUCUGAAAGGUGGCCUUGAUAAGACCAUGGCUCUGAGGAAGGAGAUGCAGGAGAUGCAGGAGUGGAUCAACCAGGCUGAGGAAGACUAUCUGGAGAGAGAUUUCACAUACAAGACACCCGAAGAGCUACGCAAGGCUGUGGAGGAGCUUAAGAGGGCCCAGGAAGAGGUCCACUCCAAGGAGCAAAAGGUCAAACUCCUGACUGACAGUGUCAACAGUUUCAUUGCCAAGGCCCCACCCACGGCCCAUGAUGCCUUGCGGUCUGAAUUAGAGGUGUUGACGGCCAACUACCAACGCCUCUGUAGCCGUCUGGAUGGGAAAUGUAAGACUCUAGAGGAGGUUUGGGCAUGUUGGUGUGAGUUGCUCUCCUACCUGGAGCAGGAACACGCCUUCCUGGACCAGCUGGAGCAGAAGCUGGAUGAGACUGAAAGCCUCCAAGGAGGUGCAGAGGAGCUGCAGGAGGCGCUGGAUAGUCUAGAGGUUCUUUUGCAACACCCAGAGGACAACAGAAACCAGAUUCGGGAGCUGGCCCAGACGCUGAUGGACGGAGGCGUUCUGGAUGAACUCAUACAGCAAAAACUGGAUGCCUUCAACAUACGAUGGGAUGAGCUUAUGGCGAGGGCAGCACUCAGGCAGAAGGAACUAGAGAAAAGGUCAAGGGGGCCCGGAGAAAAGACAAAACGUGAGACAGAUCGGUUCGUGGCCAACACGACCCCACCUCACGGCGUACCCGGUGACCUUUUAGACGCACUCAGAACCCCAGGGGGCCAGGAGCCAACACAUGGAUUUUUUGGAAGCUACCAGAAGACUUUUGACACGUUCCCCCGUCACCAAAAUGUCAAAGCCAAAAUCCAAUCGGAGCUGAGUGGCCAUGAUGCAACCCUGGAGGACAUGAGGAAGAAGAAUCAGGACAAAGAGUCGUCCCAGAGGAUUAUGGGACAGAUAGACCUUACCCAGAAAAUGCUGACAGACGUGUGGACGAAGUUCCGUCUCUUUCAGAAACCGGCAAACUUCGACAGCCGACUGGCCGAGUGUGAGCGCUUGCUGGCUGGGGUCAAAAGUCAGGUGGGGGUGCUGGACAUCCGCAGUGUGGAGCAGGACGUGGUGCAGUCACAGCUGGAUCAGUGCAUGAAGUUGUACAAGGUGCUGAGUGAAGUGAAAGGGGAGGUGGAAACAGUGAUAAAAACAGGCAGACAGAUCGUCCAGAGGCAGCAGACAGAGCAGCCCAAAGAGCUGGACGACAGGGUGACCGCCCUCAAACUGCUCUACAACCAGCUGGGCUCACAGGUAACUGAGAGCAAACUGGAGCUGGAGAAAAGUCUGAAGUUGUCUAGGAAGCUGCGUAAGGAGCUGAACGGGCUGACUGAGUGGCUCGCCGCAACUGACGCUGAACUGACCAGGCGCUCUGCCGUGGACGGUAUGCCCAGUGACCUGGAGGCCGAGGUGGCAUGGGCCCAGUCCACCCACGGGGAGACAGAGAGGCGUCAGCCACAGCUACAGGCCGUGGUGGACCUUGCAGAGGCCCUCAAGGCGGUGCUCCGGGGUCACGGGGGCCUGGUGGACGACAAAGUCAGCCUGCUGCGCUGCAACUGGAUCGCAGUCACAUCCAGAGCAGAAGAAUGGCUUAACCUGCUGCUGGACUACCAACGACAGAUGCAGAAGUUGGAUGGAGAGAUAAAGGAAGUGAACGAAUGGAUUGAUGGAGCAGAGAAAAAGAUGGACGAGAUGGACAGCCAGGGGCCCAACGACGCUGUGCUGAAGGUGUUGCGUGCAGAGCUGGAGCUGACGAGGGGUAAGAUGGAGGAGGUGAGAGCUCUGGCCCAGGAGCUCAUGUGCACCAGGGGGGAGAACUGCCAGGCCCAGGUGGGACCCAAAGUGGAGCAGCUCAACCAGAGAUUUGACACCAUCGCCGAACGCGUUGUCUCCUUCCAGAACGCAGCGUCAGCCAAAGAGCUGGAGCAGUACCACAGUGAAGCACAGAUCUGGCUGGAUCUCCUGGAGGAGGAAGUCAAACAGGGGGAAAACCUCAAGGAGGAGGACUUCCAGGAGGACAAGGACUGUGAGGAAAGUGCAGUGAAGGAGUUACUGUUGAAAGGCGAGAAUCUACAGAAGAGAGUCCCGGAUCAGGACAAGAGAGAGCAACUCAGACUGAAGCACAACCAGCUCAACAGCAAGUACAACACUGUCAAGGACCUGCGUGUGCUAAGGAACAGGAAGGCGUUGGCCAUUGCUCCCCAGUGGUACCAGUACAGGAGGAAGUCACAUGACCUCCUAGCCUGGCUGGACGACAUCCAACGCAGCGUGGACCAACUCCCUGACCCCCCCGAAGGAGAGAGGGUCAAGGAAAUUGGCUCAGAGUUCGACAAGAAGAAGGAGGAGAUUAACGAGGUGCAGGGCUUAGCCAAUCAGCUCUCAGAAGCUGGAGCCGCCAAUCUAGUGGAGCCCCGCCAACUCCAGCUCAACACGCGCUGGGUUGAGGUGGAGGGCAAGUUCAUACCCUUCAAAAGACUAUGUGAGUACCUAACAAAGCUGCAGGCAUUGCUGCGUUCAGUGUCAGAGACGGACUUCAAGCUGAAUUCUCCUGAAUACUGGCCCGCAGCUUAUUAUAACCUGCCUCAACAAGAGCACUGCCUGAAGGAGGUGAAAGGGAGCAUCGACGAGUUGAGAUCCCCUGUGGCUGGAGCAGUGGCCCGCAGAGAGGAGAUGGUGUCUGGAGCUCGGCCUCUGGAGGGUCAGAAGAUCCAGGAGACCACCACCCUCCUCAAUACUAACUGGGACAAAGUGAAUAAGCUCUACCAGGACAGACUGAAGCGUUGGCAGGAUUGCAAUACGAAGUGGCAGAAGUUUGUUUCGGAUCAGAAGGCGAUGGAGAAGUGGCUGAAUGACGCUGAGAGCCAUUUAAGACUGGCUGAAAGUGAGCCAGCAGGACAGAGACAGCACCUCAGGGACCUGACGGAGGCCAUACCUCUUCAGGAAGUGGUUUUGUGUAGAGUGAACUCUGUAGGAGAGGACAUCAGUCAGCUGAGCACACCAGACGAUGCAUCGCGGCUGCGGACACAGCUCAAAUUACUCAACACUCGCUGGGCUAACAUCUGCAAGCAGCUCAAUGAGCACAAGAGGAGGUCUGCAGAGGCACGCACGGCAACUGCAGCACUGCAGGAGAACAUGGGCUCCAUGCUGGGCUGGUUGGACAAAGCAGAGUGUGUACUCGACAUCCCUUUGCAGCCUGCAGAGCCACAGCACAUCAGAGACACUCUGGGCAAAGUCCAGGCGCGUGUGGAGGAGCUUCCUGCCAAGAAGAUGGCGAUGGAGGACCUGAACUCCAGAUACAAACAGAUAACACUUCCUGCUGACAGACAGAAAGACAUCAGGGUCAUCAACACUCGCUGGGCUCAGGUAUCCAAGGCUUUGCCUGAGCGUCAGCUGGAGAUUGAGGGUCUUCUGAGGGAGCUGGAGAAGUUCCAGGGUCAGCUGGACGCUCUCUCGGCCUGGGCAUCCAGUACCAGGACCACGCUAGAGCGUGGCCCUGAGGAGCCACCACCAAGGCUCAUUGAGGAAGUGCAAGUCAAGCAGCCAGAAGUGGAGUUGGUACUGGAGCAAGCUGAUCAACUGUACAAGGACAGUCGUCCUAGCCAACCAGACAAGGUGAAGCAUGUCAAGUUAAGGGAAGACUGGACUGUGAUCCUGGAGCUGGUGCGGCAGCAUAAGGAGAGGAUGGCUGCUCUGCUAGUAGCCAAAAAAGCCAAUGAAAGUUUGACAGGAAGUUCCCAGCCUGAAUCUGCGGUGCUGGCUCAGUUCAACAAGUCCUGGGCUGAGCUCACCGAUUGGCUGACCAUGUUGGAUAACAUGGUGCAGAACAAGCGUGUGGUGGUGGCUGACUUGGAUGACAUCAAUGACAACAUCGGCAUUCUCAAGGUGUCUCUUCAGGAGCUGGACCAGCGUCGCCCCCUCUUGGAGAGACAAGUCACAGCAGCCCAGAACCUGAAGAACAAAACCAGCAACCAGGAGACCCGUAAUGCUAUCACUGAACGCAUUGACAGGCUUCAGACUCACUGGGAAGACUCUCAGACCAAACUCUCUGAUAGGACAAAGCAGCUUCACAAUAUGCUGCAGGACUCUACUGAUUGGCUGGAUGCCAGGAAGGGAGUGGAUCACCUCAUCAAACGUGCCAGUGAGAGGUUGGAGUCCUGGCAGGAAAUCACAUACACGGUGGAAGCAUUGAAGAAACAAAACGCCGAACUGAAGCUGUUUGUGAAGGAGCUGGAGCAGUGGAAGGGUCAGGUCGAUGAAACCAACGCACUGGCUGACAAACUCCUAUCGCUGUACGCCAGUGACGACACACACAAGGUCACCCAGGUCAACGACAACAUGGUGGCGACUUGGACACACAUCAACAGGCGUGUUUCGGACAGAGAGGCGGCUCUAGAGGCAGCUCUGAAGCUACUGCAGCAGUUCUACCUCAACCUGGAGAAGUUCCUCAGCUGGCUGACGGAGGCUGAGACGACCUGCAAUGUUUUAAUUGAUGCCACCAACAAGGAUAAAAUGCAGGAGCAGCCGGAGGCAGCCAGGAACCUGCUGGCACAGUGGAAGGACCUCCAGGCGGAGAUUGACGGCCACACAGAGCUGUAUCACUCUCUAGAUGACAAUGGGCAGAGAAUUGUGACCUCACUGGGGGACUCAGAGGACGGUUCCCUGCUCCAGAGACGCUUGGAUAACAUGAGCCACCGCUGGAACGACCUGUGCAACAAGACCCUUAGCAUGAGGGCCCACCUGGACUCAGAGAUGGCCUCGUGGAAGAGGCUCCAUAUGUCGCUGCAGGAACUGUUGAACUGGCUGAGACUCAAAAGUCAACAGCUCGAAAAGGAGCCCCCUGUAGGGGGGGACGUCCCCGCCGUGCAGACACAACUGGACACACACCGAUGCUUCAAGAGGGACUUGAGAGCUAAAGAGCCAGUUGUGACAAAGGCUCUGGACGAUGUGGGAGUCUUUCUGUCUGUGCUGCCCCGAGACACACCAUCACCCGAGCAGAGAGAUAUCAGCCCAGAGGAGCGUGCCCAGAACGUUGGGCGAGUCUUACGCAAAGAAGCAGAUGACGUGGUGACCAAGUGGGAUAGGCUUAAUGCCGACUCGGACGACUGGCAGAGGAGUUUGGAACUGGCUCUGGAUCGGCUUAUGGAGCUCCAGGAGGCGGAGGACCUUGUGGACGGACAGCUGAGGCAGGCCGAGAUGGUAAAGGAGGCGUGGGAACCCGUUGGUGACCUGCUGAUCAACUCCCUGCCAGAGCAUAUCGACAGAGUCAAGGAGUUCCAGGAAGAGAUUGCUCCGAUUAAGGAUGACGUAGUACACAUGAACCAGUUGGCGUCCACUUUUGGUCCACCCGACAUCCAGCUGUCGCCUUGCAACCUGGAACGCAUUGAAGAGCUCAACACGCGCUGGAGGCUGCUCCAGGUUACUGUGGAUACAGGAAAAGGCAACUUAGGCAGAAAUGGAUUGGGUGAGGUGGACUUAAAGAUCUCCAUCAGUGAACAUCUAAAGCAGCUGACGGACGCUCACAGGGACUUUGGCCUUCUGCAUGCAGGAUCUGUAGAGAGCCCCUUCGAGCAGGGCAUCUCCCCAAACAACGUGCCCUACUACAUAAAUGAGAAAGAUGGACCUGACCAGAUGACCAAGACCCUCCACCAAACCCAGACAACAUGCUGGGACCAUCCCAAGAUGGCCGAGCUCUACCAGUCUCUGGCCGACCUGAACAAUGUGCGAUUCUCUGCCUACCGAACAGCCAUGAAGCUCAGGCGUCUGCAGAAAGCGCUCUGCUUGGACCUGCUGAGCAUGCCAAUGGCUUGUGAGGUGUUCGACCAGCAUGGUCUGAAGCAGAACGAGCAGCUGCUGGACAUCUCCCAGCUGGUCACCUGUCUGACCAGCCUGUACCAGCAGCUGGAGCAGAGCCACUCUCACCUGGUCAAUGUCCCGCUGUGCGUGGACAUGUGCCUUAACUGGCUGCUCAACGUCUACGACACUGGUCGCACCGGAAAGAUCCGGACUCUGUCAUUCAAAACUGGAAUCAUCUCACUCUGCAAGGCUCACCUGGAGGAUAAAUACAGAUACUUGUUCAGACAGGUUGCCAGCGCAACAGGUUUCUGUGACCAGCGUCGCCUGGGCCUACUCCUCCACGACUCCAUCCAGAUCCCCCGGCAGCUGGGCGAGGUUGCCUCUUUCGGGGGCUCUAACAUCGAGCCUUCCGUCCGCAGCUGCUUCCAGUUUGCCAACAACAAACCUGAACUGGAAGCCGCCAUGUUCCUGGACUGGAUGCGUCUGGAGCCUCAAUCCAUGGUGUGGUUACCCGUCCUGCACAGGGUGGCCGCCGCCGAGACUGCCAAGCACCAGGCCAAGUGUAACAUCUGCAAGGAGUGUCCUAUCAUAGGAUUCAGAUAUCGGAGUCUGAAACAUUUCAACUAUGACAUUUGCCAAAGCUGCUUCUUCUCCGGUCGCGUUGCCAAGGGACAUAAGAUGCAGUACCCCAUGGUCGAGUACUGCACUCCGACUACAUCAGGGGAAGAUGUCAGGGACUUUGCCAAGGUACUGAAGAACAAGUUCAGGACUAAGCGGUACUUUGCCAAACAUCCACGCAUGGGCUACCUGCCUGUCCAAACCAUCCUGGAGGGAGACAACCUGGAAACUCCUGUCACUCUGAUCAACUUCUGGCCCGUAGACCAUGCGCCUGGAUCGUCCCCUCAGCUCUCACAUGACGACACACACACUCGGAUCGAGCACUACGCCAACCGGUUAGCAGAAAUGGAGAAUCGUAAUGGCUCUUAUCUGAAUGACAGUAUCUCACCCAAUGAGAGCAUCGAUGACGAGCACAUGUUGAUCCAGCACUACUGCCAGUCUCUGAACCAAGGAUCUCCUCUCAGCCAACCCCGCAGCCCUGCCCAGAUCCUCAUCUCCAUGGAGACGGAGGAGAAGGGAGAGCUGGAGAGGGUCCUCAAUGACCUGGAGCAGGAGAACAGGAAGCUACAAUCCGAGUAUGACCGUCUGAAGAAGGCCCACGACAGGAAGGGCCUGUCCCCGCUGCCAUCGCCCCCGGAGAUGCUCCCUGUGUCGCCACAGAGCGCACGCGAUGCAGAACUCAUCGCCGAGGCCAAACUGCUGCGGCAGCAUAAAGGACGUCUGGAGGCCCGUAUGCAGAUACUGGAGGACCACAACAAACAGCUAGAGUCCCAACUGCACAGGCUGAGACAGCUGCUGGAGCAGACGGAUUCCAAGGUGAACGGCACAGCACUAUCCUCUCCCUCCACCUCCUCUCAGCGCUCUGACUCCUCCCUCCCUCUCCUCCGUGUGGCUGCCAGCCAGACUACUGAUACAAUGGGUGAUGACGAGCUGUCCAGCCCUUCCCUAGAUGCCUCUGGGCUGGAGGAAGUGAUGGAACAGCUCAAUAAUUCUUUUCCUCAUAGCCAGGGUCCCAGUAUUGGCAAUUUGUUCCACAUGGCCGAUGAUCUGGGCCGCGCCAUGGAGACACUAGUCAACGUGAUGACAGACGAGCAGAGCGCCGAACAGCACGAGGCCCUGCCCUUCUGAUCCAGCCCCCCCCAACGUCCCGCUCCUCUUCCUCCCUCCCUACCUAUCGCAUGCUUUUCUAGUCAAAACAACUGGAUUGGAAAUACAGUUUACAGAGAAAAUAUAUAACGUCUAUUUUUGUGAACGAUUGUGGUUUCAGCAAAGAUGCAUAAAAAACAAAAGAAAAACAUACCUUGUAGAUUUCAGUAGUUUCUUAAAAUGUCCUGAAGUUGUUUUAUUAUUAACAGAGGCUGGUUUUUAAAAUUCUAUGCAAUUGUAUAAAACAAGAGUGGUGGGGGGAGGGCAAAGAGAGAUGAUAUACAAGUAAGUGUGUUAAGUGUGGUCUAAUAUUUGCCAUCUCUUUGUAACUGGGGAAAUAGCAGAAGCAUUUCAGACAUUUGUAUAAAAAUGAAUGUUUGUAAUCAUAAGGGUGCUUUCUAAGAGGAAAAUGUCUUUCUAUAACAGCGUACACUACUGUCAAGGUAAUGCAGGCAUCCUGGAUCUUUACAGUACGUUGUGUGUGUGACUGUGUGUGAGAUUGUGUAUGCGUGUUUGUGUGGUGGUGCCUAAUUUCCACAUUACAGCUUUUCUUUGGCUUUGGCUGGCAAACCUCAUAUUUGAAUAAUUAAUUUAUCCACUCAUCCGUCCAUACAUCCAUCCAUCAAUCUGUUAAUCAUCUUUAUGAUUAACCCCGCUAUGGCAACAUAUCCCUUGUAUCCCUUGUUUUCAACACAGUGUACUGUGUGCAUAAACAGAUGUUCUAGUAGGCGUGAUUCAGAACUGAGACAAGUCAACAAGGUCAAUAAAAACCUAAUGCACAUAAUGGGAAAUAACAAGACAUAUUUAGACAGCAUUUCCAUUCCAUUUCCAAUCAUCAAACUACAAAUAUUUUGUGGUUGUUCCAUCUUGUGAAGGGCUCCUUGCAUGGGUGGAAUAUGGUCUCAAAAUGUAAAAGGCAAGUCUCCUUCAACAACCCAAGGCCCACUAUAGUGUUUUGCAAACUAAAAUACUUUUAUAGAAAAGUGGCUGAUGGUAUACUACUUGUGGUACAGCGUUGAUCCCCUGGCAGCAUACGUUACUCAGUACAGCGGCACGUUGUAUGGUAGAGUGGUAGAGUGGUAUGGUUGAGUGGUAGAGUGGUAUGGUAGAGUGGUAUGGUACAGUGGUAGAGUGGUAUGGUAGAGGGGUAGAGUGGUAUGGUAGAGGGGUAUGGUAGAGUGGUAGAGUGGUAUGGUAGAGGGGUAGAGUGGUAUGGUAGAGGGGUAGAGUGGUAUGG